UGGGCUGUUUUCCUGAAAACGGACCUCCUAAAGUAAUCAGAUUACUCUUAGACCUCUCGGUAACUGAGACGACUCCGCCCGUCCCCUGCAUAACUGCGCCUAAUCCUAUUGGUACGUUGGGUGUUUGGAAGCAGCCAAUCAGAGGGCAGCCUGCUUCGGCUCAAAUCGCCGUCGCUCCCGGUGACCGAGUCAGAGGAAAGUUGGACGCGUUCACGGCGCGGGCUUCAUUUAUCUGUUAACAGCUGAUUACAGGCUGGAUCCGGACUGAGUCCCGGUACUAACGACGCGCUGUCCGCUUCCCGCCCUGCUGGACCUCCGGAGGCAUAAACUGGGUUUAAAUCCGGCAGAGAUGUCAGAGAGCUCCGGGUGUGAGUUGGAAAUCGACGUGGAGAGCCUGGAGACGGAGAGCGAAGACCUGGCGGACUCCACCGGGCGCCCCGGCUCUCCGCAGCUCGGCCACGCCGCCUCAGAGGACGACGGAAACGGCACCAAGAGCCGCGACAGGCCGAGCCCCAGCAGCAUGUGCGCGGGUGAUCAGAGGAAGUUGAGCCGCACACCGAAGUGCGCCCGCUGCCGCAACCACGGCGUGGUGUCCUGCCUGAAGGGGCACAAGCGCUUCUGCCGCUGGAGGGACUGCCAGUGCGCCAACUGCCUGCUGGUGGUGGAGAGACAGCGGGUGAUGGCGGCGCAGGUGGCCCUGAGAAGGCAGCAAGCCACGGAGGAUAAGAAGGGGAUUUCUGGGAAACAGAUUCCUGCAGAGAGGAGGACGCUAUAUCAGCGACACAUUCGACCGUCCACCAUGCUCGCCAAAAGCAUCCUCGAAGGAUACCGUCCCGUGCAGUCUGAUCCAUUCCUGGCAGCCAACCCGUCUCUUCCCCCACCGCUGAGCGACCGCAUGAGGAAGAGAAGGGCUUUUGCAGACAAGGAGCUGGAAACCAUCAUGCUGGAGCGGGAGUACAAAGAACGAGAGCUGAUGGAGAACAACCAGGCGGCCACGGGCCCUCUCCUCUUCCCUAACAAUUUGGUCCACCACUCAUCUGAAUACAACUCCUACAAGACGGCCUACUCGCCAGCAGCUCCGGUCGAGCCGCAGCCCAAAGAGCUGUGCAGCUUCCUCGCCCCUAACUGCCUGGAUCUGACCAUGCAGUAUCCUGCAAGCUCUGGAAACGUAGAGCUCAUCUCCUCUAACGUCAGCGUGGCCACGACUUACCGCCAUUACCCGCUACAGUCACCGCGAGGUGGCUUCAUGAUGUGGCCCCGCGGUACAGCCAGCCUGGGAGACGCUCUGCUGUAUAAGCAGUGUCUGUUCAAUGCCACGGCGGUGCAGAACAUGAAGCCCGGUGCUGUGUGGGAGCCCAAAGUGAUGCCUGUUGAGAGCCAGCCACCGGAGCAGGAGGCCGCGGCCGCUCUCGCUUCUAAAUUGGAGGGAUCCCGAGCUGCCGCUCUGCAGGACUUAUCAGACCCUCGGAGGCCUGAUCCCAAACCACCCGGUGUCACCCAGGGGGAGCAGAGGGAGUGCUCGGCCUUCUCUCCACCUAAGAGGAGCUUUGGACAGUCCUUCCCCAACAACCCUCAUUCCCAAAACGCCAGCCAAGUCCUCAACAAGUUGAGCAAGGACAAUGCUAAGCCUUCCAUGAAACUCAACUCCUUUCACUCUCUCAUCCAGCACUCGCUGAGUGAAAAAGCCAGCGGUGGGUCCGGGCCAGAGCCCAGAGCUCCAUACUGCAAAGAGCUCUUAGAGGAGGCAGCCCGCAAGUUCAGGGAGAGCUCUGCCAGAGACUUUCAGGCAGUAAAACUCACAGACAGGUAUGCCAAAGACUUUCUGUCUAAGCCUGUGGGGACCAAGAUGGCACCCAGCGAGUCUCUGUCCUUCUCAGUGGAAGCCAUCCUGAAACGGCCCACGCCCGCCAUGAGUCGAGCAUUCCAUUAAAAUCCAUUAGCCGUCUUUUGUUGCACUACAAACAUGAGGCUCGUCUCAGUAAGAGAUCAGCUUUAGUCGAGGUUUGGGGGUCAAAUGAAAAAUGUAAACACAAGCACUGCAUCAGAAAACAGACCAGUUUGAAAUGAUUUUUUUUUCCAGUGUAAUAUUUAUGUACAGUAAAUAAUAUUUUACAUGUGCAUGUUUGAAUAACUUUAUUUGUGUAGAGUAUUUAAACACUAUGCCGACGUUUCC